CAGAUUAGAUUUCCAGAUUUCCAGAUUUCCUUACUGCCCCCCCCCUUAUCUUCUUCUUCUUCUUCUAUCUUCAACUUCAUGUCUGUCUUUCACCCCCCUUCUUCACCGGAAAUUAGUUCUUGAGGUAGUUUUCAAGAUUCACAACCGGGCUUCCCCUUUUUGAUCUGUGGAGGGGUGUUUCAGCCGAGAAAUGGCUUGCAUUUAUAGCCCCUCAGUUACAUCAAUCUCUGCUAAAUUGAAUUUCACUUCUCUCCCAAAUCACAAGCCCAAAUUCUUUUGCUCUCUUGGAGGGGCUGUUGCGGAGCCUAAAACUAUAAAUGCUACGGAGCCUUUGUUACUUAAUGCCGCACGAGGGAAAGAAGUGGACAGACCCCCAGUUUGGCUCAUGAGACAAGCAGGGAGGUACAUGAAGAGUUACCAAACCCUCUGUGAGAAGCAUCCAUCGUUUCGGGAAAGAUCAGAAAAUGUAGAUCUUGUGGUGGAAAUCUCUCUUCAGCCGUGGGAGGUGUUUAAACCUGAUGGGGUCAUCUUAUUCUCUGAUAUUCUUACCCCUUUGACUGGUAUGAACAUACCUUUCGACAUUGUGAAAGGUAAGGGUCCUAUCAUAUUUGAUCCGAUUCGCACAGCUGCUGAUGUUGAGAAAGUGCAAGAAUUCACUCCUGACGAGUCGGUUCCAUAUGUUGGCGAAGCACUAACAAUCUUGCGAAAGGAGGUAAACAAUGAAGCUGCAGUGCUAGGUUUUGUUGGGGCUCCUUUCACCCUGGCAUCUUAUGUGGUUGAAGGAGGUUCGUCAAAGCACUUCUCAAAAAUAAAGAGACUGGCUUUCUCAGAGCCAAAGGUUCUUCAUGCACUACUUCAAAAGUUUGCAACCUCCAUGGCCAAAUACAUCCAGUACCAAGCUGACAAGGGAGCUCAAGCCGUUCAAAUUUUCGACUCGUGGGCCACAGAGCUCAGCCCCGUCGACUUCGAAGAGUUCAGUCUCCCUUACUUGAAACUAAUCGUGGACACCGUUAAACGAACCCAUCCAGAUCUCCCACUGAUACUCUAUGCAAGUGGUUCCGGUGGCUUAAUCGAGAGACUACCCAUGACUGGCGUCGACGUUGUUAGUUUGGACUGGACGGUCGACAUGGCCGAAGGCAGACGACGUCUUGGUCCUAACGUGGCCGUGCAAGGCAACGUGGAUCCCGGUGUUCUUUUUGGGUCGAAAGAGUUCAUCACGGACCGGAUAAAGGAUACUGUCAGAAAAGCUGGAAAAGGGAAGCACAUCUUGAAUCUUGGACAUGGGAUUGUUGUAGGUACUCCAGAAGAAAACGUUGCGCAUUUCUUUGAGGUUGCUAAAGGACUCAGAUACUAGGAAAAAGCAGAUUUUGAGGGGUUUAAGGAUAGUAGAUGUUAACCAGCCUUUCUGUUGUACUGAUUCAUUCAUUCUUCAGCCUACUGUUUUUCUUGUAUUGGAUGCAGCUUGAAGAUGAAAAGGUCUUUUCAGUAUAUUGUUGUCUACCUCUUCUUUAAAUGUAGCCAAUUGUUUUUUU